UAUCCCCCUUUUUCCGUUUACCGCCAUGAGUUUGAAUUAUUUUUUUGUAAUCUGUGCGUGCUGAAAAUGGAUGAAGAGGACAUUGAAAUAUUCAUAAAGAAUUUAAGUCUUAAACUAUGUGUUUACAGUUUUGAUACCCUAGUCGCAAACCCAGGGUCUUUCAGUGCCCUAGGUGAAAUUAACACAAUUAGUGACACAGCUCCUUGUAUCGGUUAUGGAAAACUUUUAGUGGAUUUUCUCAAACCAUUUAAGGAAAAAAAGAUGUUGAAAAGAAAAUUGAGCAAUUGCAGUGAUACUGAAGCACAAGAAAGAAUAUUGAAAAAUAAGAAAUCUGAUGUACAUGAGACCGAAGUAACAGAUACUGAGGAUUUGCACAGUGAACAGGAGACUGCAGGAGCUUCAUGUAUGGGUGAUCAUUCAGCCAAACAGAAAAAUUUUCAAGAAGAGAAAACAGAGGAUGAGACCGACAAGAUAGAUUUCAGCAACACAGGUAUUAAGAAGGCAAUAGAACAUCUAAAUAGAUUUCUGACUGAUACAAAUUUAAAUGCACUUAGAGAAGUUAUCAAGAAGUCAAGAGAUGAAGGGGAACUUGAAGUUGGUCUUGGAAUUCAUCUUAUUUCAAAGUUGGCAGGAAAAGCUUACACUAGUAAACAAAAGAGCUUUCGAAGCUGUCCAUGUGGAUGUAAAGAAAAACUGCCAGACAAUGAAACCAUGUGGAUAGGUACAAAAGAUACUUGGUAUGGAGAACUUGAUAUUUUAGCAGGGAACCCAGCCAAAGGAGAUUCUGUAUCAGUGACUGUAAAAAAUUAUGAUGGGAAUCAGGAAAUAGAAACACAGAAAGCUUAUAAAGAUAGUGACGAUGAGGAAGAAAACCAAUACAAGGAAUCCACUGAAGAAAAGGGUGAAAGUCCUGGAGAUCAAACAAACAUGGAGAUGGAAUUUAGUGGAUUAAUUCAGGCACUUAAUCAAGUUUCUACUCAGGCAGUUGUGUUUGCUUUUACUGAAUUCAACAGGCAUAAAACAAUGGGACAUUGUAUUCCUUCAAUCUACAUUGAUAGAAGCACUUUUCAGUAUGUGAUAUACAGUCCUGUUGAAGAUGUUCUUCUUGUUUCAAAUCAUAUGGUGUACACCUAUCCAAAAGACUUCGAUAAAGAAACAGGUUAUAGGCCAUUUAUAGUCUUAUGGAUAAUCCUUAACCACAGGUUGUUCUUUAGAAAAUGUCCAGAUUUCAGAAAGCGUUUCACCAAAAGUGGGUUCCAUCAGAAGAUUCAGAAUUUGGAAGCAUACCAAAAUUUGACUCAAUAUUCAAAUGUUUUGUCUGUAGAAAGAAAUUAUAGUUUUGAAAAUGAUACUCCAAAUACAAUUCGCCCACCAGCAAUGGAGUGGUUUCUUGACAAAUGUGACUGACCUUGAUUCAGCAUAGGAACCCUGAAACUUUUUGUUUUCUUAAUAUAUACAAUGAUUAAUAUUUGUAAUGAACUGAAACUAAAUAAAAGACAAAAAUGAAAAUAAAACUACAAUGUUUGAAUGUACAGUAUACAGUCAAUUGACUAUGAACUUCUUAAAUAAUUUUUUGACCAUUUAUUGUUAAUAGUUGAGAGUUAAAAUCAAUAAAUAUUUAAAUGCUGAAAAAUCAUCUUAAAAUAGCAUAUGAGUGGUAUUGCUAUUCUUAACUAUGAUUUCGUGACAGGUUUUAGGUAUAAACGUUAGAAAAUUCCGCAUCUCGAAUGUUAACAUGACAAUUGGUUUCACAACGGCCCGGGAAAUGAAUCCCUUGCUGGUAGGCUUGAAUCUGGAGUUUCCGGCCUUCUCUUAAGUUUUAGUAUAUUUUUUAAGGGGGUCAUACUUUACAUGGUAAUUGAUGUCAUAAUGAACAUUCACUUCAAAUCUGAUACCAUGAAUUCUGUCACACAAUAUAUCUCAAAUAGGAUGAAACUAUAUGAUUAGUAACUUUGAUCUCUCUAUUUGUAAUUUGACGUAUGAAUAUGUUACAACAGGGCGAGCUCUUGGUGACAUGGAGAGCUUUUGUGAUCGCUUUUCGUCCGGCGUCCGUCUGUCCAUUAACUUUUACUUUAAACGACAUCUCCUCAUAAACCACUUAGCCAAUUUCAUCCAAACUUCACAGGAAUGUUUCUUUGGUUGUCAACUUUAAAAAUUGUUCAAAGAAUUUAAUUCCAAGCAGAACUCUGGUUGCCAUGGCAACCAAAAGAAAAAACUUAAAAUAUCUUCUUUGAGAAAACAGCAAGAGCUAGAGCUUAAAUAUUUGGCAUGAUACAUCACCUAGUCAGUGUCUACCAAGUUUGUAAAAAAGAUGCCCUUGGGUCAAAAUUGGCCCCACCCCGGGGGGUCAUUGAUUUUCCUAAUUUGUAUAUAGUAAAAACUUAAAAAAUCUUCUUUUAAAAACCCCAAAUAGCUAGAGCUUAGUUAUUAAGCAUGAAACAACUUCUAAUGCGUGUCUAGGAAGUUUGUUCAAAUAAAUGCCCUGGGGUCAAAAUUGGCCCCGCCCAAGGGGGUCAUUGUUUUUCCCUAUAUGUACAAUGUAUAUAGUAAAAACUAAAAAAUCUUCUUUUAAAAACCCCAAAGAGCUUAAGCUAAGAUAUUUAGCAUGAAACAUCUUAUAAUGGGUUACACACCAAGAUUGUUCAAAUAUAAAGGGCCCUUGGGUUUAAAUUGGCCCCACCCCAGGAGUCAUUGAUUUUCCUUAUAUGUGUAUAUGUGUGAAAAAUCUCCUUAUAAAAAACCGGUUUAGAUACUAAGCACGAAAUAUAUUCUAGUUAGUGUCUACCAAGUUCAUUCAAAUAAAAGGCCUGGGGUCAAAAUUGGCCCCUCCUUGGGGGGGGGGGGGGUCAUUGUUUUUUCCUAUAUGUAAAAGUAAAAACUUAAAAAUCUUCUUAUAAAAACCCCAAAGAGUCAGGGCUUAGAUAUUUAUCAUGAAACAUCUAAUGGCUGUCUACCAAGUUUGUUUCAAUCAAAGCUCCUGGUUUAAAAUUGGCAUUCAGGCCCAGGGGCCUAUAUACAGGUGAGCGUUUUCAGGGCAAUCAUGGCCCUCUUGUUUGUAAUAUAGAUUACCCUGUAUCUACUAAAAAAAACUAUUAAGAUAUACAUUGUGAAACAUUUCAUACAUGUGAAAAUGUCAUCAAAAAUAUUUUUCCUAUUCUUAAUGUAAAAAAUGAUAUGUUCAAAAUGUGUAGAACUGCCUAAUUAGAUGUAGAUAUUGCUGAUUGAUAAUACCAUAUGUAUGACUAAGUUAGGAAAUCAUAUAGGUUUUAAAUAUAUAUAAUGCAAAUGAGAUGCUGUAAUGUAUGUUCCCAACCAUGUUACAUAAGUUACUUUUUAUAUGUAUCUUACAUGAUUUACAACACUUCUUUUUAAGGGGUUCAGUUAUAUUAGAAAAACAUUUUACAAUAUUUCUUUUAACUAUCUAUAUAUGCUAGAAAAGGUUUAUUUAAUGAAAAAGUUAUAAUAUAGUGUUUGAGAAAUGUGCAUUUACAUACAUGUUUGAAAUUUUCUUUUCAUUUUCACAAAUAUCUGGAAUAUAAAAUGAUAUAUUUAGUUUGAAAUUUACUUACAACACUUUUCGUAUUAAUGUAGGUAUGUUGGGUUGUAUAACUCAUGUGUUUGCAUGCAUUAAUAAAUUUGACAUCUUCAUUUACAUGUAGAAGAAAUGAUUUGUCAUAAUACCCCCAAAACGAAGUUGGGUGGGGGGGUGGCUAUAUAGGAGUCACCUGGUGGUUGGUCUGUCCAGCGGUCCGUUGCAUUUUCCUUGUCCGGAGCAUAACUUGAAGACUAAUGGUUGGAAUUAGAUAUAACUUUAUACAAUGGUCAAGCACAUUGAGAGGAAUGCAGUGUAAAAGAACCAUAACUUCAUCUUGACUAAUUACAGAGUUAUUGCCCUUUAUUACUUUUCCUUGUCCGGAGCAUAACUUGAAAACUACUGGUUGGAAUUCAAAACAAAUUCAUACAAUUGUCAAGCACAAUAAGGGGAAGUGCAGUGCAUAAGAACCAUAACUCUAUCUAAAGUAAUUACAGAGUUAUUGCCUUUUGUUACUUUUCCAUUGCUUUCUUUUGUCUGGACCAUAUCUUGAAGACUAAAAGGUGGAAUUCAUAUAACUUCAUGCAAUGGUUAAGCACAUUGAGAGAAAGUGCAGUGCACAAGAACCAUAAUUCCAUCUUGACUAAUUACAGAGUAAUUGCCCUUUGUUACUUUUCCUUGUCUGGAGCAUAACUUUAAAACUACUUGUUGGAAUUCAGAACAAUUUCAUACAAUGGUCAAGCAUAAUAAGGGGAAGUGCAGUGCACAAGAACCAUAACUCUAUCUUGACUAAUUAUAGAGUUAUUGCCUUUUGAUACUUUUCCAUUGCUUUUUUGUCCGGAGCAUUACUUGAAGACUAAUGGUUGGAAUUCAAUAUAAAUUCAUACAAUGGUUAAGCACUUUGCGAGGAAGUGCAGUGCACACGAACCAUAACUCCAUCUUGACUAAUUACAGAGUGAUUGCCCUUUGUUAUUUUUCCUUGUCCAGAGCAUAACUUUAAAACUACUUGUUGGAAUUCAAUAUAACUAUACAGUUGUCAAGGGCAUUAAGAGGAAGUGCAGUGCACAAGAUCCAUAACUCCAUUUUGACAAAUUACAGAGUUAUUGCCCUUUCAUACUUAUCCUUGUCCGGAGCAUUACUUAAAACAUACUUGUUGGAAUUCAAAACAACUUCAUACAAUGGUCAAGCACAAUAGGAGGAAAUGCAGGGCACAAGAACUGUAACUCUGUCAAGAGUAAUUAUAGAGUUAUUGCCCUUUGUUACUUUUCCAUUGCUUUUUUCUUGUCCAGAGCAUAACCUGAAAACUGCUUGUUGGAAUUCAAUACUAUUUCAUACAAUGGUCAAGUAUAUGGAGAGGAAGUGCAGUGCACAGAAACUAUAACUUUUUUCUUGACUUAUUUAAAAGAUUUUGCCCUUUGUUACUUUUAAUUGUCCAGUGCAUAACUUGAAAAUUAAUGGUUGGAAUUCAAUGAAACUUUAUACAAUGAUCAAGGGCAUUGAGAUGAAAUGCAGUGCACAAGAACCAUAACUCUAUUUGGACUAUUUACAGUUAUUGCCCAUUGUUACUUUUUUGUUCAGUACAUAACUUGAAAACUGGUAGUUGGAAUUCAGUACAACUUCAUGCAAUGGUCAAGCACAAUGAGAGUAAGUGCAGUGCACAAGAACUAUAAUUCCAUCUUCAGUAUUUAUAGAGUUAUUGCACUUUGUUCCUUUUCCUUGUCUUUCUGGACUUAUUACAGAGUAAUUCAAUAAAACUUCAUCAAUGGCCAACCACAUUGAAGGGAAAUGCAACAUACAAGAACCACAUCUAUCUUUAAUUGCCCACAACCAUAACUCUAUUUUAAUUCUUUUACAAGGUAUUCUGUUACUAAUAACAUCCUCAUAUCCGAAGCUGUCUUGCGGGGGUAUUAAUCACAUUUAGUGAUAGUUCUAGUUAUGAAUAUUUUUAUUUUAUUUAUAUUUUGCUUGAUGUUAAAGAGCCUGUAUUUUUGCUUUCUUUGCAAAAGUCCAUUAAAUAA